AAAUGGGGUUUCGGUUCCUGAAAGCGACAGAUUUAGCAGCUUCCUUCCUUCAUGAUCUAAGACAUACUGGGGUUCAUGCCUUAUUAUCUCUUCUGAUUUUAACAUCAAGUCCGAAGCAAGACUAAAAGAUCAAAAGUCAAUUCAUGGAUCGCCACUCUCGCCAAUCUCCAUUUGAACGGGCGCUCAAGGAAUUCCAGAAGGGUCUGGGAGGACGCAACAUAAAAGAUUUCCAAACGACAACACUUAGAAACUUGCAGGACAGUAUCGUGGAAUUGCAAGCAGAACAGCAUUCACAACGGAAACUACAAAACCUAAACCGGUUACAACCAUUUCUAAAGGCGAUUGAGCAAUAUGGAGAAGUGAUUAGGACAUUCUGUAACAACAGUGACAUUGUUGCAUUCAUCUGGGGACCUCUCAAGUUCUUGCUUCAGAGAACGAGUGUAGUUACCGAGGCCUUUUGUGAGCUCCUGGGGGCUUAUGAGGGCAUAGGGGAGAGUCUCCCCCUUCUUAUGCAAUAUCGGGAUACCUUCCGUAUCAAGCCGCACAUGAUCAGAAUCUUGUCAGACAUAUAUGUGGAUAUCCUCGAGUUUCAGAGAAUCAUUUUGCGUUACUUUCAACAGCCAGAAUGGCAGCGAAUAUUCGUCGAAUCGUGGGGCACAUGCAAAUCUCGUUUCCCUGGCAUCAUCCUCCACAUAGCCCAGCGUCGAAGCUUAAUUGAGGAUCAAGCUUCCCCUUACCAAAUUGAAAAGGUUCAAGAAGAAAUCCAGCGGUCCCGGAGAUCCGAAGAUGCGAAGUUGGAUGAGCAAAAUUUACAGCGAAUACGACAAGUUAACAAUUGGCUCAAACCAGCUUAUGUUCAUAUCGACCAAAACGAUUUCUCCAAACUUCGGGCGGAAUAUCCUGGAACUGGACGCUGGCUCCUGGAAAACACUUUCUUCAAAGAGUGGUUUGACCCACGAUUUCCUACAAUCCCUCCCUUACUCUGGCUCAGUGGUAUACCUGGAGCAGGAAAAACAAUCCUCGCUUCUCUGGUCGUAGAAGAAGCGCAGAGGCUGGACCCGGCGCCAACGGUACUGUACUUCUAUUGCAAGCAUGAUAACUCGGAACGAGAUAAUUUCGUUGCCCUUGGUCGGACUCUCCUUGCACAAUUCCUCAAGCAAGAUAUUGGCUUAUUGCCUACGCUUUACCAGAAAUCUUGCCGCAGUGGUGAGACGAUGCUUACUUCACCAACUUUGGUGGAAGAGCUCUUGACUAUUGCUUUUGGAAACUGCAAAAGCGCAUACAUCAUCCUUGAUGGUUUGGAUGAGUGCCCACGAGAACAACGAAAAUCCAUUACUCAAUGGUUUAGGAAGCUGGUCGAAGAUCUUCCCAAUAGUGAGCCUGAGAGGUUACGUUGCCUCUUUGUAAGUCAAGAUGACGGUCCUGCUCGAAAGGACUUCACUGGAAUUACCAGCAUCAAAAUCGGAUCCAAAGAAAACAGAUACGACAUCGAAGAAUAUUGCCAAAUGAAGGCUCGUGAACUUAAAGAAAUCUUUCUAUUCCCUGAUGACAAAGCGAGUGUCAUUGCUAGCAAUGUAGCUAGUUCUGUGCAAGGCCUGUUCCUGCUAGCAAAGUUGAUAUGGGACAAUAUUCUAGGCCAAUCAUCCAUUGCAGCAUUAGAGAAAGAACUUGAACCAACCGCCUUCCCAAAGACUAUCAACGAUGCAUACAGCAGAAUCAUGGAUAGGAUAGUUGAACAAACUCCGCAAGCAGCAAUGGAUGACACCUUGCACCUAUUAGGAUGGCUUGUUUGUGCAAGAAGGCCGCUUAAAUGGCAUGAGAUACAAGGAAUGAAAUCCGUGAACCUGGACGAACAAUGUGUUGAUUAUAGUCGCCAAAGUUUUGUGAAAUCCCCUAAGGAUCUUUGUGCAUCCUUUUUAGAAACUCGGUCAGAUGGAACCAUUGAAUUGAUUCAUCUAACAGCCAAGUUUUUCUUGAUUGAUAAAAGCAGCGAUAGAAGUCCUCCAGUUAUCGAUCCAUCAGCUGAGGAGCUCAAAAUAGCUUGCUUUUGUAUUGACUAUUUGAACCUUCCUGCGUUCGUAAGCCAGCCUACCAAGGAACGGGUGUUGAAUGGGGAUUACGGGUUCAUGAACUACGCUGUUCUAUACUGGCUUCAACAUCUGGAAACAGGACUCUCUCUACAGAUUGGUAAUCAUGAACAGCUAAUGAACCAGCUUGCGGAAUCUUUGGAAAUCUUUAUCGAGAAGCAUUGGAACUCACCAACUACCACCUUUACGUUGGCAAGGCGUCAGAGUGAUAAGCUGCAAUUCUUCAAAGCCUUAUCUUUUUAUGACAGACUUGAACAAGUGGUUGCCUCAACUAGGAGGCAAUUGAAGGAUUUUGGGAAAAUGAAGAAAGAAGAGUUUGCUUUAAACCUCGUCGACGUUGUUGGAAACGUUCGUGAGGUACUAGAGCACACGACAUCUGGUGCAGACUGGGCAAAAAUCAACAAAAUAUAUGGUGAUGAUCUCUUCAGAUGUCCUAGAUUCAGCUGCAGGUUUUUCACGAUAGGGUUCUCUUCGGCUACCGAGCGUGACAGUCAUAUUGGGAAACAUGAGCGGCCAUUUCGAUGUUCUGAGGAAAACUGUUUGGGGUCCACCUUUGGGUUUUCUUCGGCGUCUGAACAGGAGAAGCAUAUGGCAAAACACCAUUUCACAGUUGCACUCGAAGAUGAAGAGUUUCCGACUGACCACGAUAUCAACCGCAGCAAAUCGAAUAGACUAACAGCUGCAAGUCAAAACCAGGAUGAGAGUACUGAAGAUACCACGACGACAGUGAUAGAGAAAUCAAGGUCUGAGUCAGAGUCGGAAUCUGAACCACAGUAUUUGGCUCAACACAAACGAAAACGACAAACAGAGUUCAAGUGCUCACAGUGCCCCAAAGUGUUCACAAAGAAAUACAAUCUUCAGUCGCAUCUCAACAGUCAUGGUAAUGAGCGGCCUUAUAAAUGCAUGCGCUGUGGCCAACAAUUUGUGCGCCAAGGUGAUCUCAACCGUCACCUUAACAAGCACACAGAAAAGAAUAAACGAGUCUGCCAAGGAUGUGGAAAACCAUUUGCUCGUGCAGAUACUUUGGCAAAGCACUACGAAUCCAGGGUUGGUCGGGCGUGUUUUCAACGUCUGCAGGGGCAGGAUCUGUCAGAAUAACGUGAUGCUUGAUAAUUCAAUUAUUCUUAGAAGGAAAAAAUCUAUCUUCUAAAUCUAAGAGCUUCUAGCCAAGACUAACUGCAAAAUCUUCAAAAGUCUCCA